AUGUAAUUUAAUAAACAAAAAUAAGAGUAUUAAGAUAAAUACAAUUCUUUUCGUAAUCAUCCUGCCUUUAACAAAUUAAAUAAUAACAUUAUCAAAGACAUAAUUGAUUCUGUUAAUAUCUUAUCAUUUAUCAAAAAUUAAAGUGUUUACAUUGAAAAUGAGUUAAUGACACAUGUAUUCAUUAUUAAAACAGGAGAGUUUAAAGUAAACAAAUAAAUUAAUACAUAGAGAUGAGUAAAAGGAUAUUAUAAUCAAAUUCUGUGUAUUAUAAUCAAAAAAAAUGGAAGCAAUUUGAGAUUUGUUUAUUAGAAAAAGGUGAAACUUUUGGAAUAGAACAUUAAGAUGAAGAACCAAAAGGAUAUUAUAAAUAUUCAAUUACUUGUCAUUCAUAUGAAGGAUCAUUAUAUUCUUUAAAAUUAGAUUAAAUCUCUUUAAUUUUAAAAGAUCAUCACAUCAAAGAAUCUGUUUAUGAUCUAUUUUAUUAUCAAUAACAAUUAAGUAAGAAUAAGCUAUACAUCUAUCGAGAAUAAUAAAUUAAUCAAUUAUAUUCAAAUAUCACUUAGUCAUUAAAACAUAGAGAAAUUAGAUCAUAUUCUAAUUUCAAUAAUGAAAAUGUGAAAAUUAGGUCAAAAUCUAAUGUCAACAAUGAAAGUGUUAACAGUAAUUAUAGAUUGUAAAACAGAUCUAUAAGUUAUGAUAUCUCAUAUUGUGAUAAAAUAUAAUCAUUAAUUAAUUACUAAAAAUAAAUAAUAAGUAAUCCAAGAAGGAUUAUUAAGACUGAAGUAUUAGAAGAUGAUACUUAUGUAAAUUAAUCAGUAAAUAAUCACAUUAAAGCACUUAAACCAUUUAUAAGUAAUUUUGAAUCAGGAAGAAAUAUAAGUAAACGAACUUAACAAUAUUCUAAUGAUCGAAUAGAUGAAUCAAAUUAAAAUGAAAAGAUUUUUAAAUUGAAAGUACUCUAUAAAUUAGGAUGCAGACCUAAGAAUAAAUUACAAAUAAGAUUACAUUAAAUUCAUACCUAACAUCUAUCCAAAAUAUUCCCAUUCCAUCCUAAAUGA